AUGCUAGAAAUAAGAAAGCUUUCAAAUCCACAAUGCAGUAAUUGGAUAUUUACUUCAUUGAUGGCACCAUCUUUAUCAUCAAUUUUUAUUAGAAAUAAAGUAAUUGAUGAACACACAAAGAUGGCCGUCGAAAAAUUGUUGAAUAUUUCUUGGGAAAUUGCUGACGACCAUUUCAAAAACUUUUUCAAGAAUUACAUUGUAAAACAAAAACCUUGUUUGAUUGCUUUCGACAACGACAAUAACGGUAGCAUCGUCACUGGUGGCGUUAAUUUUGCCGCUGUACUGAUAGCUUAUGUUCCCAUUUUAGAAAUCUUUUUUACAAUUCCAACUGUAGAAGAGUAUGUUUCAAAUCUACCGCCCAUAAAACUAAAAUCUGGCAAUAAUUUUAUAAUUUUUAGAGGCUUGGCACAUAAAAGUUUAUUGAAAUAUGAGAAACAUGAUAGUGAAAUGGAAAGAAGUCUUAAAACUAUUAGUGGGAUGUUUAAAGAUAUCUGGAGACAUUCUGAUCAUGUUUUCCAAGAAUAUUUCAUGAAUUUUUUCAUCAGUGUAAAAAAAAUUAGGCCAAGGAAUCAUGUGUGGGUCGAGUGUAGUCAUGAUAAUAAACGCAGGAGAGGCGAGUGA